AUCAGUCCUCGUUCAAUACCCCAAAGCCGCCAAAAUAAUACACACUGAACAACAACUGUUUCUUUCUCUUGUUGUAGUUCAAUUCUAGCGGCGGCUAAUGGCUCUCUGUUCGUCGAUCUCGCUCUCUUCUUCCUACACCCUCUCGCCGAACACAUUGUCACGCGAUGUCGAUACCAAGAAGAUAAUCGCUCCAUCAACACUCCCUCUUCUCCACCGCUCUCCGAUCUGCAAAAUGGGUUCUUUUUGUCAGUGGGGAAGAAGUGUGUCAUCAAAUUUUCACAUUUUUGCUUCAGUUGCAGAUGUUUCUCUGGGUGAUUCCAUAGAAUCGGUUCAGCUUCUUAAAGGUGACACCUGGUCUGUCCAUAAAUUUGGUGGCACCUGUGUGGGCAGUUCCGAAAGAAUCCGGAAUGUUGCAGAAAUAGUUGUUAAUGAUGAAUCAGAAAGAAAGUUGGUUGUUGUAUCUGCAAUGUCAAAAGUGACAGAUAUGAUGUAUGAUCUUAUCUGCAAGGCACAGUCACGGGAUGAUUCUUAUACAUCUGCACUGGAUGCUGUUUUAGAAAAGCACAGGUUAACAGCACUGGAACUACUUGAUGGGGAUGAUCUUGCUAGUUUCUUAUCCCGGUUGCAUCAUGACAUCAAUAACCUCAAAGCUAUGCUUCGUGCAAUAUAUAUAGCUGGUCAUGCAACAGAGUCGUUUACAGAUUUUGUCGUAGGACAUGGAGAGCUAUGGUCGGCUCAGAUGUUGUCGUCUGUUGUAAGAAAGAAUGGGAUGGAUUGUAACUGGAUGGACACGAGGGAAGUCCUUAUUGUAAAUCCUACUGGUUCUGAUCAAGUUGAUCCAGAUUAUAUGGAAUCGGAAAAAAGACUUGAGAAUUGGUUCUCUCAAAAUCCAUCAAAGACAAUCAUUGCAACUGGUUUCAUAGCUAGCACACCUCAAAAUAUUCCUACUACUUUAAAGAGAGAUGGAAGUGACUUCUCUGCCGCUAUAAUGGGUGCUUUAUUCAGGGCACGCCAAGUCACAAUUUGGACAGAUGUUGACGGUGUCUACAGUGCAGACCCCAGAAAAGUUAGUGAGGCUGUUGCACUGAGGACGUUGUCUUAUCAAGAGGCCUGGGAAAUGUCAUAUUUUGGGGCAAAUGUUUUACAUCCGCGUACUAUAAUUCCAGUAAUGCGAUACGACAUUCCAAUUGUUAUAAGAAAUAUCUUCAAGCUCUCUGCACCUGGAACAAUGAUCUGCAGGCCUUCUGUCCAUGAACUUGAAGAUGUCAACAAUUUGGAAUAUGCUGUCAAAGGGUUUGCAACCAUAGACAAUUUGGCACUCGUAAACGUCGAGGGAACUGGGAUGGCUGGAGUUCCUGGUACAGCUAGUGCCAUUUUUGGUGCUGUGAAAGAUGUAGGAGCUAAUGUUAUCAUGAUAUCCCAGGCUAGUAGUGAGCAUUCUGUAUGCUUUGCUGUGCCUGAGAAGGAAGUAAAAGCUGUUGCUGAGGCUUUAGAAUCCAGAUUUCGUCAAGCUUUGAAUGCUGGACGUCUUUCUCAGGUUGCAGUUAUUCCAAACUGUAGCAUUUUGGCAGCUGUUGGCCAAAGAAUGGCAAGUACUCCUGGAGUUAGUGCAACACUUUUCAAUGCACUCGCAAAGGCUAAUAUUAAUGUCCGUGCAAUAGCUCAAGGUUGCUCAGAGUACAAUAUAACUGUAGUUGUCAAGAAAGAAGAUUGUAUAAGGGCCUUAAGAGCUGUCCACUCCAGAUUUUAUCUCUCAAGAACCACAAUAGCAAUGGGUAUUAUUGGACCUGGAUUGAUCGGUGGCACGUUACUUGACCAGCUCAGAGAUCAGGCAGCAAACCUCAAGGAAAAGUUUAACAUUGAUUUGCGUGUUAUGGGUAUCUCUGGCUCAAGGACAAUGCUUUUGAGUGAGAAGGGUAUUGACUUAUCUAGAUGGAGAGAACUUCAAAAGGAGAAAGGAGAUGUGGCUAACCUGGAGAAAUUUGUUCAACAUGUGCACGGGAAUCAUUUUAUCCCAAAUACUGUUUUGGUAGACUGUACUUCAGACUCUAACAUUGCAAGCCGUUAUCAUGACUGGUUGAGAAGAGGAAUACAUGUAAUCACCCCAAAUAAGAAGGCAAAUUCAGGACCACUUGAUCAGUAUUUGAAGUUGAGAGCUCUUCAGCGGAAAUCCUAUACUCAUUACUUCUAUGAAGCUACUGUCGGAGCUGGCCUCCCAAUCAUUAGCACCUUACAAGGUCUACUUGAAACUGGGGACAAAAUAUUGCGUAUUGAAGGCAUUUUCAGUGGGACUCUGAGUUACAUUUUCAACAACUUCAUAAGGACACGAGCAUUCAGUGAGGUGGUGGUGGAGGCAAAAAAGGCAGGUUACACUGAACCAGAUCCAAGGGAUGAUCUAUCAGGAACAGAUGUGGCCAGAAAGGUAAUAAUACUUGCAAGAGAAUCUGGUUUAAAGCUAGAACUUUCAGAUAUUCCUGUUGAAAGCCUGGUUCCAGAACCAUUAAGGGCUAGUGCAUCAGGCGAGGAUUUCCUGCUGCAGCUGCCACAAUUUGACCAAGACAUGGCUAAGAAACUACAGGAUGCUGAGGAUGCUGGUGAGGUCUUGAGAUAUGUUGGGGUUGUGGAUGUGGCUAAUCAAAAAGGGGUCGUGGAAUUGGGAAGAUACAAGAAUGAUCAUCCAUUUGCACAACUAUCAGGAUCUGAUAACAUCAUAGCCUUCACUACUGAAAGGUACAAGAAUCAGCCUCUUAUAGUCCGUGGCCCUGGUGCUGGCGCCGAAGUUACAGCUGGUGGAAUAUUCAGUGACGUUUUGCGGCUUGCCUCUUACCUCGGUGCCCCAUCAUAGUGACAUUGAUCUCUAGCCAUAAACCAGUGUAGGUUCUGUUUAUGUUGUUAUCGGCUCCUAUUCUCAAUUUUUUUGUUAGUCUGAGCCUGUGGCAUUUUAAUACCUUGGAUUGUGUAUUUAACUGUAUUAUUGGCUUCAAGUCAAUUUAUGUAACAGCCUUGGAGUAAUGUUUUGAGGCUUUUUCCAACCCUUGCUAGCUAGGAUUUUUAGUUCAAUCGAAGUUGAAAAUGUUCCAUAAAGCUGUAUUUUCCCAGCAAAACUGCCAAUAUUUUAGUGAAGUCAUUUUUGAGUGAUGAGGUGAAAA